ACGUACUGUCCCCUCUCGUCACGGGACACACCUGUAGACAACACAAGUAACACCGACGACAAGCACAAAAUUGACAGUGGCGACAACAUUCUACCUGUACGGCACAGGUGUUUCUAAAGAUCCCGUCACGUCAGGCUAGGAGAAAGGUAGGCUGGGAGUUCUCAAACGACAGCCAUCCCGGGUUUUGACUCUAUGUUUUCGCUCGACAGUAAGAUGACAUGGAAGAGGAGUACGCUAGGAGGCGUGUUGUUCGUGGCCCUGGCGUGCCUGUCCUAUCUGCUCGGUACCAUGUACGUGGUGACUCCGUGGUUCCCCCUCAUGCUGGUACGGCCUGCCUGGUACAGAUGGGUGGUGGACCAUCUUGUCGCGUGGUACUGGAUCUUCUUAGUGGCACUACUAGAGAUGGUGUACGGUAUAAAGGUGCGAAUCACGGGAGAUAGCAUCAAGCCGGGGGAGAGAACCCUCCUGAUCAUGAACCACCGGACACGGCUGGACUGGAUGUUCCUCUGGAUGUACCUCAUCCGCAGGGGACAGCUGUCUAAGGAGAAGAUCAUCCUCAAGAACGAGCUGAGGAAGAUUCCAGGGGCAGGUUGGGGUUUGGAAACCGCUUGCUUCCUCUUCAUCACAAGGAGAUGGGAGGAGGACGAGAAGAUCAUGAAGAAGAUCCUAGACUAUCUGUCGUCUAUCGGACAUAGGACACAACUGUUGCUGUUUCCCGAAGGUACGGACUUUACCGAACGCACGAGACAGCGAAGUGAUGCGUACGCAGAGAAGAAUAACCUUCCUAAGUACGACUACGUCCUGCAUCCCAGAACCAAGGGAUUCGUGUACAUCGCAGAGAAGCUCAUCAAAGAGCACAAUCUUGACGCCAUUCAUGACAUCACUGUCGGCUAUCCUAAUGGAAAGGCUCAGACAGAGGCCGACUUGCUCGCUGGACGCUUCCCAGAGGAAGUUCACUUCCACGUACGGCGUCAUCCCCUCAAUACCCUCCCCAACACAUCCGGGAAACUCGAGCAAUGGUGCACCACCCUCUGGGCACAGAAGGAAUUGCAGCUCAAGGAAUUCUACCAGAGGAAAAAGUUUCCUGACACAAACGUACUUGAAGGAGGAACACCUGGCGAUCCACUACAAGAACUGAAAAUGAAAGUAGUCCUUUGGCUUUCAAUACCUUUCUUCUUAACGGUUAUCCUUGUAGUACCGUAUCUGAUGGUCACCUCAACAUACUUCUUCAUCUCAGCUGUCCUUAUUUGUGCCUUCUACAUCGCGCAGCGCGCGGUGUAUGGUGGGGCAGAGCAUUUUCAGAUAGACCUUUACAACACUUUCCACAGAAAAUGACAACAAGGCAGGGACUUAUAAGUCGGAAAACACAGUUUUAUUGAAUUUUGAGUAUCAAGUUUACAACUUAUGACAACUUUCUGACACAUGUUUGCAAGUUACACGUAAAUCAAGAUGUUUAUGAGUGUUACUGUUUCCAUGAGUGUCACUACUAGUCCAGUAAAUACAAAAUGGUGGAAGGGUAUAGUUGUAACUAAGUAGUUCUAGUUAUCAUAGUAAACUUACCGCAAAUUACCUCACAAGUGCACGAUGGUGUGCAAAGUAGAAAUAUGUUUCAAUGUUGUUAAACUGUUUUGUUACAGAAAGUGCCAUUUAGUGACAAAAUGUGCCAAUCCAUCACCCAUUUACACUGUGUGUCACUUUACUACGCAGACUAAGUUGUACACUUCUCAUAUUUGAAAUCAUUUGGAUUGAAAGUUUGAAACGCAACUUCUCUAAUAAAUUAGUCACAUUCCUUCAA